CAGAAGAAUGACCUGGAACAGAUGAAUGACAAUUUGAUCAGGGAAAAAACUGAAUUGGAAAGCACUUGUCAGUUUUUAGAAAAAGAAAAGAGAGAAGUGGAAACUAGAUUACAGGAUAUGGUGAAUGAACUGAAUAUUCAGUUUAAGGAGUUCAAAGAUCUACAUAAGUCCAAGACUGAGGAGAGAACGGCAGAGAAGAUAAAUCUGGAGAAAGUUAAUGAUGAGAUGGCUAAUGAUCGUGAAAAAUUUGAAAAGGAAAAUGAAGAUUUAAGACUGAGAAGAGACGAGCUGCUGCACACAAAAGAAGAAAUUCAAAAGCAGACAAAAGACCUAGAAGAAAUGAUGCAAAAAGUGCCAAUAGAGAAGAGUGAGGUAGAACAAGAGAGGUGUGAAAUAUACAAACAAAAACAACAACUGGAAGACAUUAAGGACGCUUCAGAAAGAAAGUGGGAUGAGACUCAGGUGGUCAGUGAAGGGUCCACACAGGAUUAUGAGGACAUACAAAUCUUGAAAACUGAGAGGAAAAGAAUAGCAUAUCUGAAAGAUCAAUUACAGAAAGAAAAAGAGGAUGUUGAAACCAACAAAGAGAAAAUUAACAGAGAGAUGGAACAUAUGGAAAAGUUGCAUAACCAAUUAGAUGACCAAAAAGAAGAGAUCAAGCUUGAAAAACAAAAAAUAGAAGACAUAAGGAUUGAGAUUCAAGACAAGACAAAUGCUCUGGAGAAAAUUAUGCCGGUCUUAAAAAAGAGAGGGAAAAUCUAAAUGCUUUAGUAAUUCAACAACAAAAAGAAAGAGAAGAGAUGGAUUUACUAGAAGAAAGAAAAACAAAAUAAAAGAGAAGAAUGCCAAAGAUGAGAUACAAAGACAUUUAGAGGACAUCGAAAAUAUCAAGGUCAGGUUGGCAAAUUGAUCAGAUGAAUGUAGAAAUAAAGAAUAUAAGUGAAGGCCUAGAGAAAAUAAUCAGACAACAGCAAAAGGAGUUUGAAAUCAAGGAGAAUGACAUGCAAAGAGAAAGAAAGGCUUUGGAGAUGAUGAAUGUUAAGCUAGAAAGGAAAGCCACCAAAAUAGAAAAAAGGAGAGAGAAAGUAACUCUCUGGGAAGCAGAUAUACAGAAACAGAAAAACAUAGCAGAAGAGCUAACGAACAUCUUAGAAAGAGAGAACAAUGAACUUGACAGAGAGAAAGCUGAAGUAAAACGAGAAAAACAAGAGAUGGAAAACAUUCUAAAAACCAUCAAGAGUGAGAUGGAAGACCUAGAGCAACUGAGAAAUAAAAUGUAGGAAGAGAAGAAAGACUUACUGGACAAGUUGUUAAUAGAAAAACAUGAGAUGGAUCAAUUAAAAACCCAGUUACAGUUGGAGAAGGACAGUGUUGAAGAGGAAAAAAAGAUGUUGAAGGAGUUGAUGAAUGAAACUGAAAAUAAAAGAUCUCAACUGGACAGCAACAUUGUGCAGAUGAACAUGGACAAAUUAAAUACUCAAGAAGAAAAAGACUUGCUGGAGGAGAUCAAGGCUGAUUUACAAAGAAAGUCUGAAAAGCUUACUGAGGAAAUCAGGAAAACAGACCAAAUCACCUCUCAUAUCAGUAAAGAACAAGGGGACAUGCCAAAGAGAUUUGAUGACAUGAGAAGAACGGAAGAAGAGCUCAGUACUAUGCGAGCUGACGUCAAAAGACAGACAAUGCUUCUACAAUCUGAUCUACUACUACUUCAGACACAAAAAGAGAACUUAGAAAAGAGCAAAGCAGAAAACGAGAAUCUAAGAGAAGAUCUUGAAAAACAAAAAGAAAUGAAUGACUUGACAAUGCAAGAACUGCACAAAGAGAGGCUGGCCUUGGAUCAGUUGAUCACUGACAUAAAACAGCAAAGAGACACAGUGGAAAACACACAAAAUGAAAUAAGACUUAAAGAACUAGAUCUGGAAAACAAAGAAAAAGAACUUGACAUACAAAGAAAAGAUAUAGAUAACCUAAGAAACACUGUGAUGGCUGAGAAUAUGCAGCUGGAAAAGAGGCAAAAAGUUAUGAG